CGAAUGACAUCUUUUAUGGCGCCUUUUUUCUUUCCUUUUGUCCUUACUUUUGCCCUCUCAUUCUCCUCUCUCAAUUUAGGUAGAACCACUUCGCGGACUGCGUCGAUAACUCGAGGGAGCGCCGGUUCACUCUUCCGCAGCAACCAAGAGUCGACCAACGCAGGAUCUCCGUCCAUGUACACCCGACAUUCUAGAACCGAGUACUUCGUUAUUCGAAGGUAUCUUCGUGUGGGUGCCAUGAGGUUUGUUUCGUAGAAGAAGAGCCGAUGACGACAGAGGGUUUCUUAUUCUGGGGAAGCUCGGAUACGGUAAAAUCCGCGCGACGCGACCACAGCGCGACAGCUCUGCAAGAAUUUCUCGAUGACUUGAUAUUGAUCCCAACGACGACUUCGUCAAGAUUGAAAUCGAUCGCCUGCAUCGCAUUUCGCUACAAAACACGUCUGGGUCAGACUGCCAGCUGUGUCGCUCGUGUGCAGGCUAGAACUACGACGAAGACACGCCGAGCUGGUGAACCAUGAUGAAGCUUCAUAUUUGGGGACCGCUGGACGAUUUACCAUCCAUUGAUGCAGAAUGCAUGGCCACGCUUGCUUAUCUGCUUAAGUUUGAUGAAUCAAAAGACUUCAAUAUCUCGCCAGGCUUUGAUCCGACGAGUAGCCCCAACGGCGACUUUCCUGUCCUGGAACACAACGGCAACGUUUAUGCAGGCUAUAAAUCCAUCAGCGCAUACCUCAGCAGCAGGAGAAGCGCACCCCAAUCAUCUGAUCUACAACCGGACAUUGAAGCUUGGUCUGCGUUCAUACAACUGCGUGGCCAGCCGCUUUUGGAUCUUUAUCUUUAUGUCUCUUCAAACAACUAUUGGAACUCCAUAAGCCCUGUCUUCACGAGUAUCCUGCCCUGGUACUCGAAUUACAUUGUACCGCCUGCAAGACGAGCAGCAGCAAUCGCACGAACGAAGCACCUUGGUAUUCGAUCACUUGAUCUCGACAGUGUGGAUGAGAAUGCGGCAAGGGACGAUAGCAGACACGCUGGUCAACGCACAGCCGCAAAUCUUCCGUCUGGCAUAACAAAUCCAGAGCAAUUGGUCAUGAAGCAACAAUCGGCUAGUUGGUUACGGACACAACAACAUGCUGAUACUUUCCAGUUGUUCCAACUCACAACAUCCUUCUUCGGCCCUCUCCAAGAUCUUCUGGGUGACAAGAACUAUCUUCUCAGCAACGAUGUGCCAACAUCUUUGGACUGCUUUGCUGUAGGUUAUUUGGCGCUGAUGCGAAAAGCUCCUGUGCCGCAGCCGUGGUUGGCAGAUGCGCUCCGAACCAGAUUUCCGAAGCUUGAUGAGUAUAUUCAACGAACGUACGGAGAGAUUUUCGAGAAUCCAAGUUGUCCGUGGAAGUCAAAAUUGAUCACAUUCGUCUCUCCCACAAUUUCGCGAUCAGUAGCUGCAUUAGCUCGAGCGGCCAUCUACCGAGUGUUGCCAUCAUUGCGGAAAACGACUACUUUGGACCCACUUACUCAACAGGGUUUGAGCAAAGACAAAGAUUCGAUAUCACAUUCGAUUUUGUCUUCACUACUUGCACCCACCGUCUUACUACCCCUUGGGGCACUCACAGGACUGGCGUUCGGUAUUGCAAAGUAUCUCUCGACAUCUGAUCUUCAGCAGGGAGGAAACAGCUUCUAUGCGCAUGAGCGCGAUUUUCUCACACCAACAAGACUCACAGACCUUGGCGAGUCAGGUGCCAUUCUGUCGGCACUCGGACAAAGAAUAGAUCUAGAGAAGCAAUACGAACGUGAAAGGGAGAGAACGGGUGGUGCUACGCUUGUCGAAGUUGACGUUGAAGACGUGGAAAGGAAAUCAGGGCAAGAUAUUGUGUAUACAGGGUAGUUGUACCGGUACGUCUAUGUAGUAUAAUGAAUCUCUCCCCAGGCAUUACGAUGCCUUAGCCUUAGAAGCAGCUUCAUCCUUCAUCCUACCCCUCUCCCUAACUA